GUUUGUGCGUCUGGAGAGGCUCGUGCGGUUCUUCUGGGCUGCGCGGGGACUGGGCAGCGCUGGGUCCCGCCAGCGAUAAGCCGCCAAUGGCUGCAAAGCUGCCGCGCAGGGGAGCCGCCGCCGCUGCCUGCGAACUGAGCCCGGCCGAGAGCCCGGGGCGGCGGAGGCGGCGCUGGGCUGGCAGCGCGGGGGAGGAGGACGAGGACCCCGCCGUGCUGACUCUCACCCACUUCUCCCGGCCGCCCUUCCUCAGCUUCGGCAGCCUCCGGCCCGGCGCCUCCUGCACCCGGCUCCUGGCCGUAGACAACCCCAACCCGGAGGAGGCGGAUGUGGCUGUCGACCGCUUCCCGGCUCCCUCCACGGGCUUCAGCCUGGAGCGCCGGCGCUUCCUCGUCCAGUCUGGAGAAAGAAUCUUUAUUUCUAUAACAUGGACACCAUUAGAAGAAGGAAAAGUCCGAGAACUGGUAACUUUUAUUGUAAAUGGCAUUGUAAAACAUCAGGCUGUGUUGCUGGGUGUUGCUGAGCAGCCUCUGAAGAAAAAGAAGAGUCUUUGGGAUGCUAUUAAAAAGAAAAAUACUUCAGAAAGAUCAGUUUCUACAAGAGCUAAGAAAAAACAUUCAAAUGUUAAAAAUGUUAACAAAACUUUUCGUGUUUCCAAAACAACGGAUACAGUUAGAAGCCCACUCCAGUCCUGUGAAAACUUGGAUGUGAUACGGGGUAGCAUGUCCCCCCCAAAAAACUCGCUUAUCACGUUAGAAAACAAAUUGCCUAUAUCUCCUAUCAGUCCUGUAUUGCAAGAACAUCAUGAUACCAUUUGCACACCUCUUUCAAUGAGAAGAUCUACUACAUACUCAGUUCUUGGUACAGUGGUAAAUGAUGAAUUAUUGCAAGAAAUACACACGUGUAACAUCAAGAGACUUCAUAAUCCUAAUGAGGAAAUAAAAUCCUCAAGUAUACACAGUUCUCCUUCUGGAUUAGUAGAAGCACACAGAUCAAAUACACAUUCACCUGUUUGUGCUCCGGAAUGGACAGCAGACUUGCAUUCCUCUUUGAGUCAAAGGAGAAUUUUAAGUCCAGAUUCUUUUAUAAAUGACAGUUAUCAAUUUAAUGUAGAAGUUGUAGCAGAGCAAGUUGCUCCCAUAUUGUCACCCGAUCAGUUUGUAAAAGACAAUUUAGCUAUAGAAUCAGUGUCUCAAGUUCACGUAUCUAUUUCACCGUCCUCUUUAUCCUCCAGUGUGGAGACUUGUAUCACAAAGAAGUCGUCAUCUUCAAAAUGGAAAGAAAAUGAAGAAAUGCAGUUCAUAAGUGUAUCUGUAGAACAUAAAUUUCCAAAUGACGUCCUUGAUGAGACGCCUGUAGUGAAAUCUCAGUUAUUUCAUUGUACCAUACCUGAACAAAAUCAUCUGAGUAUUCCUCUUUCUGAUGAGGAUCUUCAGAUUCGCAGUUGCUCCCAAAGAGAACAACCGAAAAAACGUCCUGUGCUUUCUGCUACUGUCAUCAAAAAUAAGUCGUCUGUUGCUGAAAGAAAAGGAAUGGAGACAACUAAGCCAAAAUCUAGAAAAUAUCUUAAUAUGAUAAGGGAAGGUGUAAGUAUGGUUCCUAGACAUUCAAAGUUAGAAAUACUCCAGAACCUUCCAGUUAUAGAUCCCAUCUCAGGUGAAACGAAAUGUCACAAAGAUGAAAUACAUGCAUCCUCCAUUGGAUCUACUUUACAUAGUCGUAAGAGGAAAAAUGAAGUACACUUGGAAGAUAUUAAGGCUACAGCUACAGAAUAUAUGGAAGAAACAGAAACCAAAAGAAUCUUUACAUCUUGUGUUGACAGUAAAAUAAAAACUACUGUAAGACCACUGCUCUCUAAGCACAUAAACAGAGAGAAACUAAACCACAGAAAGAAAGCUGGUUCUUUGUCUAGAACUAUCAACAAAACUACUAAACCCAUUGAUGGUGUGGCGCAGUCUCAGCUGACCUUCAUAAAACCAUUAAAAACAGUCAUUCCUAGGCAUCCAAUGCCUUUUGCUGCUAAAAACAUGUUCUAUGAUGAGCGCUGGAAGGAAAAGCAGCAGCGAGGCUUUACCUGGUGGCUGAAUUUCAUACUUACACCUGAUGACUUUACUGUAAAAACAGAGAGUUCACAAGUAAAUGCAGCUGCACUUAUCUUGGGAGCAGAAAAUCAUCAUAAAGCCAGUGUUCCUAGAGCACCAACAAAAGAAGAAAUGUCCCUGAGAGCUUAUACUGCUCGAUGCAGGUUGAAUAAACUACGACGUGCAGCGUGCCGUUUGUUUACCUCUGAAACAAUGGUUAAAGCUAUUAAGAAACUGGAGUUUGAGAUUGAAACUAGACGUUUGCUAGUUCGGAAAGAUAGGCAUCUCUGGAAGGAUAUUGGAGAAAGACAGAAAGUCCUCAACUGGCUUUUAUCUUACAACCCUUUGUGGCUACGCAUAGGUCUGGAAACUGUUUAUGGAGAACUGAUUGCUUUGGAGAGUAAUAGUGAUAUUAUGGGUUUGGCAAUGUUUAUUCUCAGUCGCCUACUUUGGAACCCCGAUAUAGCAGCUGAAUACAGACACCCCACUGUACCUCACCUUUAUCGGGAUGGUCAUGAAGAAGCUUUGUCUAAAUUUACACUGAAAAAAUUGCUGCUGUUAGUUUGCUUUCUUGAUCAUGCCAAACAGUCUAGAAUCAUUGACCACGACCCUUGCCUUUUCUGCAAGGAUGCAGAGUUCAAGAAUAGUAAAGAUGUUCUACUGGCAUUUUCACGAGACUUCCUGAGUGGUGAAGGUGACCUUUCCCGUCAUCUUGGCUUCCUGGGAUUACCUGUUAGUCAUGUUCAGACACCACUGGAUGAAUUUGACUUUGCUGUUACAAAUCUAGCUGUAGACUUGCAAUGUGGCAUUCGUCUUGUGAGAACAAUGGAACUUCUCACAAAAAACUGGAGUCUCUCAAAGAAGCUAAGAGUUCCUGCAAUAAGUCGUCUCCAGAAGAUGCAUAAUGUUGAUGUUGCCCUUCAUGUUCUUAAAGAGCGGGGAAUUCAGUUGAAAGAUGAAUGUGGUGCUUCAAUCGAGUCUAGGGAUAUUGUGGACAGGCACAGAGAGCGAACUUUAGCACUGCUGUGGAAAAUUGUCUUUGCUUUCCAGGUGGAUGUUUCCCUUAAUGUGGAGCAGUUAGAAGAAGAAAUUUCUUUUUUAAAGAAUACACACAAUAUUAAGACAAAAAUGGCUACUCUAGUGUCCUGCUCUAAUCAAAGUAAAGCAAGAAAAAACAGCAGUACUUACUCAUCUGAAAGUUACAGCGAAAAUGUGAAGCUGCUGAUGGAUUGGGUCAAUGCUGUUUGUGGGUUUUACAAUACUAAAGUGGAAAACUUCACAGUAUCUUUCUCAGAUGGCAGAGUAUUGUGCUAUUUGAUUCACCACUAUCAUCCAUGUUACGUGCCUUUGGAAGCUGUAUCCCAGUGUACCACUCAAACAGUAGAAUGUACAAAAACUGGUACAGUAGCACUAAAUUCUUCCUCUGAAUCUGAUACAUCUCUAAAUAUGUUGGAUGGAACAUUUGACCAAACUAUAACUACCUCAGUCCUCUAUAAGGAACUUCUUGACAGAAAGAGAAAUUUCCAGUUGAUCAAUACUGCAGUUUCUGACCUGGGUGGAAUACCAGCUAUGAUUCAUCAUUCAGAUAUGUCAAAUACUAUUCCUGAUGAGAAGGUUGUUAUUAUCUAUCUGUCGUUUCUGUGUUCACGGCUUCUAGAUCUUCGAAAAGAGACUCGAGCUGCUCCGCUAAUUCAGUCAGAUUGGAGGACAUACAGACUGAGCAUGAGCUAA